UCUUCAAAUAUAAUGGAGGAUACCUUGGGACUUCUCAGAAUCAUUGUCCGAAGAGGCAUCAAUCUUGCUGUUCGUGAUACCGUUAGCAGUGAUCCUUAUGUUGUCAUCACCAUGGGUCAACAGAAAUUGAAGACGCAUGUGGUGAAAAAAAACUGCAAUCCCGAGUGGAAUGAUGAACUGAUUCUUUCAAUCAAAGAUCCUAAUGUUCCAAUCAAUUUAGCAGUGUAUGACAAAGACAUGUUUACUUUAGAUGAUCAAAUGGGCGAUGCAGAGAUAGACAUUAAACCAUAUAUAGCAGCGUUGAAGUUGGGGAAGAGCUUGCGUAAUCUCCCUAAUGGCUGUGCACUCAAAAGAAUACAGCCAGGCAGGACAAAUUGCCUUGCAGAUGAGAGCAGCAUUGUUUGGAAUAAUGGCAAGAUCACCCAAGACAUGCAUCUCAAACUGAGAAAUGUUGAGUGUGGGGAAGUGUUAAUCCAAAUGGAGUGGAUCGAAGCUCCUGGAUGUAAGGGUUUGGAAUGUGAAGGUAUGGCUCAAUUAUAUUCUCUUUACUUUGUAAUUUUACGUAUAGGUCUCACGUGUUCUGUGCUGGAAAUGUGUAUAAACAGAAACCGAACUGUAAUCUUGUUUCAACUCCUAUUUAAUGAUGAACUAUAA